AAUUAGUAUUUAAAAAGAUGUGUUUUUCAAGUAACUUUAAUGUUAAUAGCUUUUUUUAUGAUGUGGCUUUUGUUAAGUCUGGCAGUAAGAAAAAGAAAGUCACCAAAGCUGAACGAUUGAAGCUGCUACAAGAGGAGGAGGAGAGACGACUGAAAGAGGAAGAGGAAGCCCGUUUGAAGUAUGAGAAAGAAGAAAUGGAAAGGCUUGAAAUACAGCGAAUUGAGAAAGAAAAAUGGCAUCGACUUGAAGCAAAAGAUCUAGAAAGGAGAGAUGAAGAACUUGAAGAACUUUAUUUAUUAGAGAGGUAUUUUCCUGAAGCAGAGAAAUUGAAACAGGAGACUAGAUUGCUUUCUCAGUGGAAGCACUACAUUCAAUGUGAUGGGAGUCCUGAUCCUUCAGUAGCCCAAGAAAUGAACACAUUUAUUAGUUUGUGGAAAGAGAAAACAAAUGAGACUUUUGAGGAAGUGAUUGAGAAGAGUAAAGUAGUGCUAAAUUUAAUUGAGAAAUUGAAAUUUAUUUUAUUGGAAACUCCACCAAGUGAUUUGCAAGAUAAAAAUAUAAUACAGUACCAAGAAUCAAUUCUACAACUGCAGGAGCUCCUUCAUCUUAAAUUCAGUGUAGCCACAGAAAUACUUCUCAGACAAGCUAGUACUUUGGCAGAUCUGGACAGUGGAAAUAUGGAAAAAGUCAUUAAAGAUGAAAACGUUACUCUGUAUGUGUGGGCAAACCUCAAGAAGAAUCCAAGGCACAGAAGUGUCAGAUUCUCUGAAACACAAAUUGGAUUUGAGAUUCCAAGGAUAUUAGCAACAAGUGACAUUGCUGUACGACUCCUGCAUACCCACUAUGAUCAUGUUUCCGCACUGCACCUCGUUUCAACACCAUCAAAAGAACACACUUCUGCAGUAACUGAGCUUGUCAAAGAUAUUAAGAAUGUAGAAAAAGCAAUCAGCAAAGAGGUCGAAGAAGAGUCCAAACAACAAGAAAGAGGGUCUCACUUAAUUCAGGAGGAAGAAAUAAAAGUUGAGGAGGAACAAGGUGAUAUUGAAGUGAAAAUGAGUUCUGCUGAGGAAGAAUCUGAAGCCAUAAAAUGUGAACGAGAGAUGAAAGUAUUAAGUGAAACUGUUUUAGCAGCACAGUUGUUGCUGGUAGAGAAUUCUUCUGAAAAGCCAGAUUUCUUUGAAGACAAUGUGGUGGAUUUAUGCCAGUUCACAACUCUGGGUGGAGUGUACCACUUGGAUAUUUUGGAGCUUCCUCCACAGUGUAAACCAGUGAAGGGAUGGAUGAUUGUGGAAAUACUCAAAGAAGGAUUACAGAAAUACACAUAUCCUCCGGAAACUGCAGAAGACUUUGAGACAGAAAAUGCUUUCCCACCUAUAGAGGUCACACUUGAGGUUCAUGAGAAUCUAAUCUUUUUUGCGGAUCCUAUGGUUGUAAGGUGGGAUGCUGAAGGUAAACAUUGGAGAACUGAUGGCAUCAGCAAUGUAUCCUACAAACCAAAAGAAAGACUUGUAACAUUCAGCCUGGACACCUUUGGCCCUGUUACCCUGAUUCAAGAUGCUCAUAUUAACAUGCCGUACCAGUCUUGGGAACUAAGACCACUUGAUGUAAAUAAAGUACUUUUAACUGUGACUACAGUAUUUACUGAGAUUCAAAUACAAAUUAAGGAAAACCUCUGCAUGUUAUCUUCAGUCAAACUAAAAGACAAGAAACACAUCUCUAUUUUGGAAGGAACCUGGAUGACUCCUAUUCCUUUCAUUAUUGCUUUGAAAGAAGCUGGACUGAAUAUCUUUCCUACUAGACACUCUCAUUUUUAUGUUAUUAUAAACAAUAAGGUUCCUUUGGUAGAAGUGAAAGCUUAUCGACAGAUGGCCCUACUAAGUUCUGCUUUUGCCUUUGGUUGGAGCAAGUGGAACCUACUAUGUAAUUCUACAAAAGUUGUAUUUAAGGUGAGGGAACACCUUACUGAAGAAUGUACUGAGAAUCCUAAUUGGGCCCUUUUAAUGUUUAGUGGUGACAGAGCACAAAGACUGAAGAUCAAGGAAGAGAGUGAGGCAUUUUCUGAAGCACUUAAAGAAGAAACUGAGUUUCAUUCUACUUUAUAUCACAUGGUGAAGGAUUUUGCUUCUAAAGAAGCAAUGGAGAAAGUCAGGAGUUCCAACUGUCAGUUUGUCAACUCUGUGUGCCACAUGCUGCUCUCUACCAGAUUGCUCAGCUACUCCUAACCUCCACUUACAAACUGUAUUCAGUAUGAAGAACCAAGCAUGGUGAAAGACAGGUAUUUCUGCAACAGAAUGUAAUGAGUGAACGAAUACCUUUCAAAUCAACUAUUACAAUUUUCUAAUCAGCAUUUUCUACUCAAGUUUUAUUUUAAACACAGCAUUUUUUUUUUCCUUUGAAUACUUGGCCUGUUAAGAAUUUCAGCUUUCACUCUAUGAAGAUUUAAAUGAUUCUUUAUUUCAAUAAACUUUAACAAACAAUA